AUGGAUUCAAAAAUAAGCCAUCUUUGGCAGCCCACUUGUACUAAAGAGAAGAUAUCCAUAGGCCUAAGGGUAACCUGGGAGCGACAUCAUCACCCUCGCUCACUUCUCCUCUGUGUUCAUAUUCUUUCCAUACUUCAUCAUCCUAUUUCUGCGGAUCCUCUUCAAAUAUCGCAAAUCAAACAGCCAACUAAACCUCAGCCUUCUCUUCGAUUCAGCUCCUCAUCAAUCCUAGUUCAACAUCAACUACUGUUUAAACAGCACGGAGACCAUGAAUUGCAAAUGCAAACGAGUUCGCAGUUGGAUAUCCCCACUUCAAUCCUUAUAGACGAUGCAAGAAAGAGGAACAUAUUAAAGAUUGGAGGGAUUUAUGGCUUACCUAUUGGAGAGAAGUACGGCGCCUCUUCAAUCGGCGGUGAAGAAAAUAAAUCUAAAGGUAAAGGAGUGGAUGACUCAUCUUCUAAUAGCUGUAAAGGAGUGUCAAACUCAGCAAAUCAACCAUCACUGAACACCCGAACUUGA